CGCACUACGCUAUUUGGCGCGAAAAUGUAUAUAAACAACAAUUCUGUCAAUUCGACAAAUUUAUAAUUGUCAACAGAAUAAAGACAGUAUUUAUUCACUAUCUGAUAAUGGAUAUCAGGAAUUUUUUUGGUGCAAAACCAGUGAAGAGGUCAGACUCGAGUGCCAAGCCCAGCGCUGACCUCACAAAAAUCAAGAAUGGUAAAGAUAAACAGAAACCAAUAGAAACAAUUGACUUGACUGAUCAUAGAGAUGAAAAUGCAAAUAAAAAGGUUGAAAAACCGGAAAAACAAAUUAAAAAAGCUAAAACUAACACUGAUAAGUGUAACAGCAAAGACGGACAUAAGAAAGAGAAACAUAAGACAAAGGUGAAAGAUGUGUCAUUUGAAGAUGAAGAGGUGAUAGUUGUAGACGACGAUAAAAGCAAGGCAAAGCCAAAGGCAAAGGGUAGGGAUAAGUCUAGUGAUAGUAAAAAAUCUAAAGAUAGAAGUACGAAGCGGAAGCUGGACUCGAGCACCUCGGAGAAAGAUGAAGUUGACGGGGAGGCAUUGGCAAAAAAGACAAGUAGAAAGAAAAGAAAAAUUGAGGAUUCAGAUGAUGAGGAUUUUGUCACAGAGAAAAAGCUAGAGUCAGAUGAAGAUGAAGACGAUGAUGAGGUUGUGGUUAGAAAGUCAAAGGCAAAACGGCGGGGCAAAAAGAAACAUAAACUCCUAGAUUCAGAUUCUGAUGAAGACCCGGUGCCGAAGGAGAAGAAGCAGAGAAAGUCCAGGAAAGUUGUACACAUAGGUGGCUCAGGGGGCUACCAUGAAGAGGAGCUGGAAGAAAUUAAGCCCAAAAAGACAUUCAUGGACAACUUUCUUAGCGGGCAAAGCCCACAGAAGACACCUGGGAAAACUGAUCACAACGGGAAGAAAGAUGGGAAACCAGAGUCACAGAAACAGACAGUGUUGGCAGCAGAUUUCUUCGGAAGCUCGUCUGUACACAGAGUGGAGAGAAAGACUGUGCCAGCAACAAAAGUGGCUGAGGACGAUUUUGAGAUGCACAGUGAUGAUGAGUUUGAGCGCACGUUGGAACUGCUGGACGAAGAUGCCCUCACAGCUGUCAAGGAGCCUGAAGUGAAAACAGAAUCUGUGGAAGAUAGUGGUGAUAAGCCCAGCCUAUCCAGUAAACUGGCCAGCAGGGCAAAACAGGAAGCCGGCCUGCCUGACAAAAAAUCCACAAUCCUUGUUCCAGAUACGCCAGAACUAAAAAAGCCUAGUCCAAAGAAAUCGAAGAUGGAGUUUGUAAUGAACCGAUCAGAACGAAAAUCAGAAACAUCUCCAAAGAAGCCUGACCAGACCAAGUCAGCUCUAGCGCACUCUGACGAUGGUUCUCAUAGCAAGAAAACAUCUCCAAAAACCACCCCAGACAAGGCGCAAACUGCUGUGGGCUCCCUUAGCAAGAAAACUCCACAAAAGACGUCACAACAUAAAACCUCACCAGCCAAAGCAGACGGAAGUAAAGUCAGCCCCGCCAAACCUGAUGAUGGAUUUACUCCAAAUCGGGCUGGUUACCGGGCAUACCUGAACAGGGCCGGACCACAGUCACUAGGAGCAAAGGAAAUCCCAGAGGGAGCUGAGAAUUGCCUUGAGGGUCUGACGUUUGUGAUAACAGGAGUUCUCGAAUCCUUUGAGCGUGACGAGGCUAAGACAGCUGUAGAACGUUAUGGUGGGAAGGUGACAGGAAAUGUCAGCAAGAAGACCGACUAUGUUGUGGCUGGUCGGGACCCAGGGCAGAGCAAAAUGACUAAGGCUGAGUCAAUGAAGACUAAGAUUAUAGAUGAAGAUGCUUUACUGGACCUGAUCAGAACUCGACCUGGCAAGACGUCCAAAUAUACCUUACAGGCUGAACAGUCAGUUAAAAAGGAACAUUCAUUAACUCCAAAGUCUUCGAAGGAAAAUCUUUCAUCAUUCAAAAGAGAAACUCCGUCAAAAACUAAUUCCGUCAGUGCCAAAAACAUACCAGCUUCAAUGACAACAGUGUCUAAUUCCAGUGAUUUAAAAUCUAACCAAUCAGUGUCAAGUAACAAAACCAAAACUGACCAAUCACAGCCUUCGUUACUUUGGGUUGACAAAUACAAACCAACACAGUUGAAGCAGAUCAUUGGUCAGACUGGAGAUAAGAGUAAUGCCAAGAAGCUGCUUGAUUGGCUGAAUUCCUGGCAUAAAAAUCAAGCAGCAGGUGUUAAACCGGUUACAACAGGGAAGUUCUUUGGUAAGGGUGGAAGUGACACAGGGGCGGGGUUUAAAGCAGCAUUGUUGUCAGGUCCACCAGGAAUUGGAAAAACAACAACUGCCACCAUAGUCUGCCAGGAGGCAGGUUUUUCAUAUGUUGAGCUGAAUGCGUCUGACACACGUAAUGCCAAGAGUCUGAAGGAAGUAAUAGCCACGUCCGUGCGCAAUACGACUAUGAUGGACUACAUUGGAACUGGGUCUUCACUUACCCACGGGCACAAACACUGCCUCAUUAUGGACGAGGUGGAUGGUAUGUCAGGAAACCAGGAUCGCGGUGGCGUCCAGGAGUUAGUGAACUUAAUCAAGAACACUCGUAUCCCGAUCAUCACAAUGUGUAAUGACCGGAACCACCAGAAGAUGCGUACGCUGGCCAACUACACCUUCGACCUGCGCUUCCAGAGGCCGAGGGUGGAGCAAAUCAAGGGAGCGGUGAUGUCUAUAGCCUUCAAGGAGGGCCUCACCAUCCCGCCACCUGCUGUCAACGAAAUUAUCCUUGCAGCCAACCAGGACAUGAGACAGGUUUUACACAACCUGUCCAUGUGGACAGCAGCAGACAAGGCUGUUACCUAUGACCAGGUGAAAUUGGACUCUAAACAGGCGCAUAAGGACAUCAAAUUGGGUCCGUUUGACGUGUGUCGAAAGGUAUUUGUAGGCGGAGAGGAGACCCGAAACAUGACCAUUAACGACAAGGCAGACCUGUUCUUUCACGACUACAACAUCGCGCCGCUGUUUGUCCAGGAAAACUACAUUCACGUAACACCCUUUGCUGCCAAAGGGAACCAAAACCGUCACCUGUCCCUACUAGCACGCGCAGCUGACUCCCUGUGUGACAGCGAUGUUGUGGAGAGGAACAUCAGAAAUAGUCAAUCAUGGAGUCUACUGGGACUUGAGGCGAUGUACGCAAGUGUAAUUCCGGGAGAGUAUAUGCGUGGGAAUAUUGGACAGAUGAUCAGCUUUCCCAGCUGGCUUGGGAAGAACUCCACCACUGGCAAGAACGACCGAAUUCUCCAGGAGCUCCGCACACACAUGAGGCUACAGAUUUCCGGUGACAAGCGUGCGCUGAAUCUGGACUACCUACCAUUCAUGCGUUACUCUUUGACGGAGCCACUGGUAUCGCGUGAGGCCGAGGGGGUACCAGAUGUCAUUCACAUGAUGGAUGAAUAUGACAUCAUCAAGGACGAUUUUGAUAACAUCCUUGACGUCACCAAGUGGCCGAACAGUUCAGAUCCUCUCAGUAAACUCAGCUCCAAGACAAAGGCAGCUUUCACUCGGCAGUACAAUAAGGAGGUGCAUAUGACACCCUACUCUACGGGGGCCGUAGCCAAGAAAAAGAGGGGCGGGGGUGGGGGUGAUCUGCCCGACCCCCUGGGUGAGGGAGAGGAAGGGGGAGGCCCAGAAGAGGAGGAGGAGGGUGAAGAUGAUACUAUUGAGACAGACACCAUGAUUAAGAAGAAGGCCAAGACGGCACCAAAGGCGAGUGCAAAGACAGAGACAAAGGGGAAAGGCAAGGGUCCUGCGAAGGGGAAAGGGGAACCGAAGGGAAAGGGCAAGGGUAAACGCUGACCUGAGAGAAAACAAGCAGAAAGAGACCUGCCAGGGGAAAGGAAGUUUCAAUUGCUGACAUGAGCUACAUGUAGAUAUAAGAGGGAGGGAAUUUUUAUGGUUCACGGAGGAUGGUGUAUAUAAAAGUGGCUCUUUUAGGAAUGGAAACCUGCAUUAAAGUGUGUGAUAACAUUGAUAACAUUAUAGCAUAACAUUGAUGAUUGUAUAUGUACAUGUACAUAUCAGAACUUUGAACUCAGUGUUUUUGUUAAAGCAGAGGUCAACGUUGUUUUCUGUUGCUGUACUUGAUUGAAGUUGUAGUAAUGGUUUGGAUGAUCUUCCUCAAUUUUGUUAGAGAAGUUCAGUUACUUCUAGAAAUUAGAAAGUGCUGUUAUUCUUCAGUGGUAUUACUGAAAUACUUACAUUAAUUUUUAAAUGCUUACCAGUAAGUGUUGUGCUUUGUUCUUGCAUUGGUUAUAUUUCCUUACCUCAACCAGAUUGGAAAAUGUUGCCCUAAUAUGUGCUUAGUCUUUAAAUUCAUGAAUUGUAAAUCAAUGAUACAAUUGGGUGGACGGUUGUUGUGGAAAUAUUGUGCUAUCAAAAUGUGCAUGUUUAGACUUAAUUUAUGACAUUUUGAGUGUGGAUUAUGUGAACAGUAUGUUGAUUGUGCUGAAAUAUACUAUACCUUAGA